AAAAAAAAAAUCAUGUCAAAAGUUCAAAAGUUCAUCACUUGUCUAGAUUAAAGUUUUAUUUAAAUCAAUGUGUUUUUAAAUUUUAUGUACGUCUUCAAAAUUUUUACAACAUCAAUAUAAAUUCAGUGGGUAUUAGUUUGUUUUAAGCUAAAAAGUUUAAAUUCGUUCACUCUACCAUAAAUGCAUAAAAAUGGAGCGUAAAAAUAUACUUUACUUCAUUAUAUUAAUUUGUCUUUGCGAAUUUAAAUAUGCGGACUGCAUCAAGCCAGCAUCUCUAGAUAAAGCUUACAAUAAAGGAUUGAUGGCCUACUCUACCGAGAAGUGGACGCUGUGCAUUGAACAAUUUGAAGAAGCUUUGCAUCUCUAUAAACUAUACAAAUCAAUUCUGAUUAACUGUAGAUUGAAAUGUAACACGGAAUCAUAUGAAUCUCAAAUCAAAGACGAUAUAGCCGAUCUGAAGAUAUAUGAGAAAUAUUUCAAUAAAAGACACUGUCUUAAUAUUUGUCAGGAUAAAGAAUUUAAAAAUAUGAAUCUGAACAAAAGUCUUGAUGAUUCUGUGCUCCAUAAUAUGCAGUCUAAGAAACCUUACGAAUAUCUUCAUAUAUGCUAUUUUCAACAAAGGAUGUUCCAGAAAGCUGCCUCAGCUGCCUACACAUACUUAGUUGCCAACCCUGAUGAUGACACCAUGCAAAAUAAUAUGCAGUAUUACAUAGUACAGCCAGAAAUAGACCCAAAGGAGAUAAUUGAUAUGGAAAGUGAGGACUAUGUAGUUAUGUACAAUUUGGGUAAGAAAUCUUACAAACAGAAUAACUGGGAAGAAACAGUAGCUAGCAUGGAAGAAGUAAUUAAAGACUAUUUGGCUUAUGAGAGCAAUUGUCGUGUAGAAUGUGAGCGGCAACCCGGACAAGAAUGGUCCUCAGAAAUUGUAAUAACUAUGUCAAACAACAUGGCAUCCCUUUUACAUUGCCAUCAACAAUGCCAAGAUAAACUAAAGUUCCUUAAAUAUAACUCUGGAGUAGAGUUCAUUGCAGAUGUACUUAAUUAUAUACAAGUAGCAUAUUUCCACCUUGAAAAAUACAAUAAAGCUGCAGCAGCUGUUGCAAGCUAUUUGGUUCUAAUGCCUGAAGAUGAGGAUAUGUUGGAAAAUGUCAAAUUUUAUAGAAAACAUGUAGAUGAAAAAGCCUUUGUUCCCCGACCUGAAAUAGUGUAUUAUUUGAAACGUGAUACAUAUGAGAGGAACCUUCUCAUAUUUUUUCAUCAAGGAAAAAAGCAGGAUAUUGACUUUGACGCUAUUCUCAAAACUUAUAAUUUUUUGAAAUAGGCCUUCUUGUUUUGCUAUUUACCUAUGGAUAACAAUUUAUGCUUGUGUUUUUAUGUUCCUAGACUCCAAUUUGAAUUUAUUGGGGGUAAUAUUAUUAAGUUUUAAUUUUAAUAUACUCAAAGAGUACUAAAGUAAUAAGUGUACUUACUUAAAUACAAAAAAAGUAAAAAAAAAUAUAUCUUAAAUAAUAAAACUAAUAAAAUAACUAUUGACCAGUGCCAUAACAGUUUGCUGUUGUAAAACCAAAGAUUUUGUACUUUUUAUUAAAUUUUUAUUAUGUAAA